AACCUCACACUUUAUUUUUCUUUUCCAUCGCGAAAAAUGGGGCGCGACACUAGCUCUACACAUUUUCGGUUUCAAAUUGCCCCACUCCAGCGGUGGAUUUGAUGGAUGAUUAUCGUCGUAAGACACGAAAUUCUUGUUCUUCUUCUGAAUUUUUUUUUUUAAAGUUCAUUUCUAUCCAUCCUCUAUCCGGCCCCCUCCCUUUUUUUAUGUUUUCUCUUUUUCUUUUGACCUUUUAGAUAUAUAUAUUUUUUAUAAAUAUGAUGUAUAUAACAUAAAUAUUGAUAUGCGUCCAUUAAUGAGAACGAGGUCCACAACCCACCAGUCCUAUUGCAUUUUGCUAAUGCCGCUGAGUAGUCGCCUUUUAAGUCCCAAGAGGCCAGGAAGAAGCUACUUGCUACAAAAUCUUCACCAACUCCAAUGACCCUAAGCCCCACCCUCCCGCUUUCACUCCUUCGCUAGUUGCAUUUUGCUGGAUUUGUUUUGCGGCUUUUGCCCUGUACUAAUUAGAUAUUUACAGCUACCAUAUAUCAUGAUAUGUAUGUAAUGGAGGAAUACGGGACAAUAAAUAAAUCCAUCUUUUGUUACCAAUAAUACAGCAUCAAUAGUCUUUAAAAACUAGUACUUGAAAGUUUGAAGUUUUGAUGUACACAUCCCUCUAAAUCGAAGAUACUUGAACAAUGAUAUACAGACACGAACGCAUAUUUUGUGAAUGUAAGGGUUGUAUAAGUGGGAAAUUUUUUAUGGUCAUUUUUUUUGUGUAAAAAAUUAUUACGUUUUCGUGGACAUAUUUUUUAAUUAUCUUUUUAUUUCAUAUACAUCAAAUCAUUAUGAUAUAUAGAAAUCAAAUCGUUGUGGUAUAUAUUUCUAUAGAAACUUCUAAAAAUAAUAAUCCAAACGGAGUUUAAAUUUGCAAGUUCCUUCCUCUUAUGAUCAAUGAGAUUCUCUCACUUCACAAGUCUCAGUAUACAUAAAUAUGGGUUGGCCAGCCAGCCUAUGGGUUCUAAGUGCCAAACUCUUGUCCGAAUAGUGAACGGUGAACGCACUGCAUCUAUCUAUCCUCCCCAAUUCCACCUCUCCAACUCAAAAAACUCAUCAUAUCAUACCAAUAAUCAUAUUCCCUCCCUCCCUUCUCCCUGAGUCCAAAGUGGAGAGUGUAAAUUAAGCAAGAAGAUUAUAGGGCGAGAAAAAAUGCCAAGCAAUCUGGGAAGAAACAUAAAUCUUUGCUUCACAAAUAUCACGGCACCCUCAUCUCCCCAAUCCUCGAUCCAAGCUGAGCACAGCCGUUCCCUAUCCAGCUCCGCAGCAUCAGUCCUCAUCAAGAACUUCAACUCCCUCUACGAUUUCACUUUUGACUGCACCACCUAUUCCAAGUCCUUUCCCCACCCCACGUCCGCCACCACCACCUCCGACGACGACCUCUCCUCCUCCGAAUCCUACACCACCUCCUCCACCCCGGACUUCUCCACCGUCUUCGCAUCCCAACGCUUUUUCUGCUCCUCUCCUGGCCGUUCUAACUCCAUCAUAGACUCCUCAUCGUCCCUAUCGUCAACCUCCUCGUCGUCUCCGGGCAUCCCGACCGAACCCGACAGCGUCGUGGGAGGAAGCAUUGCUGUUGCGACCUAUUCGCCAGACCCUUUCAUGGACUUUCGACGGUCCAUGCAAGAAAUGGUGGAGGCCCAUGACCUGAUCGACGUUGCAGCCAAUUGGGACUACUUGCACGAGCUUCUCACCUGCUAUCUGUCUCUCAAUCCCAAGAGAACCCACAAAUUCAUCGUCGGAGCUUUUGCCGAUCUUCUUGUCAGUCUCAUUACUUCAUCAUCACCAGAUGAUGAGCGCUGCCGCUGUACGAAAUCAAAAUUCUCCGAUGAUGGUCGUAAGAUGUCAGGCAUGGGUGGACGGAUGUGAAAUUUUUGCGGGCCCCUAGCCAUUAAUUAAGAUCACGUCAUUGUUUUAGGGAGGAAAGGCGUUCAAGGUAAUAAGGUGGUGAAUGGAUAGCAAUGAGAGUCGAAUCUCUGCAUCUUUUUGAGGAAAGAAAAGAAUACGAGUGGCUGCAAAUGUGAUUAAUGUAGAAAAUUAUGGAAAUCUGAAAAGAAAUUGAUGUAAUGUUGACAGUUCAUUGUUAUGCAUGCAUCUGGUCCCCUAUUGUCCUCAAUUAUAUCGAUACAUAAAUAAAUUUAAUGGUAUCAUUAAGACCUUUAUAUUUCUGGCACUUCUUGUUUCUUGGUUUUUAAGUUACUUACAUGCUUCUAAUUUUCUAAAUAUGCUAAGCAGCCUAGCACGGCUGCACGACACAGAAGCAGAAGCAGGAGACGAAGCCUUGGUCUUUGCUUCUGGUGGCAGACUCCCUGAAAAGUGUAUCUACUUUUUCAGAGUUUUCUUUUUUUUUGGGGUUAAUUCAGAUUCCAGCGUGCAGGACAAUAAUGGAAUGAAGACAAGACCAGAUUUGUACUCUGAUGGGAUAUCCAGACCAUCCACCUUUCCAAUUUCUAAAAGCUGCCCCCGUCUUUAAUAGAGUACUUUCAUUCAGUCACCGUGGCGUUCUUCCUAUUGAACUUCUGACCCCGACCCUAAUCGAAAGAAGAUGACAGACAAAAAGGGUCCUUCUUACGACGUAGUUGGCCUUCACUCAUCAAGGAGGGCAUUAGGCUUGGGCAGAAGCUAAGGUAGCUGGCCUUUCGGCCUCGCUGCCCACGCCCGCUGAACUCGAUUGGGGAGAAAGAUAAUUUGCUACAAUCUGUAUGUUAAUGAUGCAUCUGUUGACAAACAUUGGUCAUGCAAGUUUACCUUCUUCUACCAUAAGGAAAGAAAACCAAAUGGCAAAAGAACUUCUUAACAUUUUGUUAGCUUUGGCAAUGUUUGUAUUGUACUCACUGUAUACGAACAUUGGAAGCUGUAAUUCGGUCGUCUCACUUCAUUUUGCCACCUUUUCUCUAGUUUGGAGAAGGAUUGUAUAUAAGUGAGAUGACGCUGGAGUUUAAUUUAACAUAUAGUAUUCCAUAAUAACUAUCCUCAGAUCCGUUUUAAGUGGGGGAAA